AUGGCUCUAAGAUAUUUUCCGAUUUUCUUUAUCUUUGUCGUCGUUUAUCAAGGAUUAUCGGCGGAAAGCGAAUAUUCUUUAAAGGACGAACUAUCAAAAAAGCAGUUUAUAGAAGACAGACUUCAUGCUAAUAUCGUACGAACUAGAAAUUCAUCAAAAGCAUUUCAGGCAAAGAAUAAUGAAGAAAAUAUUUCCGAUGAUAGAAACGCUGAUAAAAAAGCGUAUAACCUGUUCCAUGGCGAAUUUAUUGACAUUUCCAAUUGUUGCGGUACUAGACAUGGUUCGAGUUCAUCGUCCCGACCAGAUUACAACAGGAUUCCAUCGGAAAAUAGUCAUUAUUCUCCUUCGUACGGAGACCGUAAUGUCGACAGACAUAGUUGGCAAAUUCCGAGUCGACCCACAAGUUCAAACAUAGGUGGUGAAAGACCGAACGUUGGAAAUUACGGUGGUAGUCAUAGUGGAAGUGGAGUUUAUGGUGAUACUUAUACAGGAGAUAGAUAUGGACCAAGGCCUAAUUACGGAAGUGAAAGUUCUAACAGACCAGGAGGACCAAGUUAUGGUUCAGCAAGUACUGGUGGAUAUGGUUAUGGUGGAUAUGGUAGUUAUGGUGGCACACGACCCGGACAUGGAAUUACAGCUACUUUCGAAAACGAAAAUGAUUUUAAUCCGGACGAAGCCGAUAUUCCUGACAACAAUGUCCCCCAACAUCCAGGAACUAAUAUUCAAACACAAAAGGCCGUUGCUUUAAAAGCUUUAGCCGGAGUUGCUCUAAUCGGCGCAGCUGCAGCUUUAGCUACAAAUCCGGUUCUUCUACCGAUUGGAAUUAUUUCCGGUAGGAAAAAACGUUCUGAAAUUACUUCCGAGGACAACGACAUUAUGGACUAUGUUUUACAAAUGAUAACGAAGAAUUUCUCUCAAACAUACGAUAACGAAAAAUUUGCUAAUAGAAAAUAUGUUUCUCCGAAAUGCGUAGCGAGAUUAACUUGUGAAAUACGUAAAGAUUAUAUGACUGAUUAUGCUGAUGUCAGUAAAAAUCAACACGAUGAAAAAAUUACAAAAAUACAAUUAAACAAAUUAAUUCACAAUAAUGUUUUAAGUGCUGAAACUGUAGAUAAUACUGUUAAGGAAUUAAUUAAAAUGGCUCUCGCCGUAAGUUCAAAUAGUGGAGACUGUGGAGUAUUCGCUUGUGAUUUCAGACAUAAUAAUUAAUUUAGGUAAUACAAAAAAGUUUUGUCUUAAAUGAAUCAUAUUUCGUAAAUUUUUAAUAUGAAU